AUGGACCAGUCUGUUAGUGCUGGUUCAUGUGCUAUAAUGAGUGCAAUUUGGAUCCGAUCUGAAAGAUCGCGAUCAACACCGAUCCAGAUUGUAAUGGCGGCAUCGCGGCGCCUCCGAGAUCUCCAAGCGCAGCCUGGGAACAAGAUCUGCGUAGACUGUUCCCAGAAGAACCCUCAAUGGGCCUCCGUCUCCUACGGCGUCUUCAUGUGCUUAGAAUGCUCCGGAAAACAUCGCGGCCUCGGUGUCCACAUCAGUUUCGUCCGAUCCGUCACCAUGGACUCCUGGUCCGAAAUCCAGCUGAAGAAAAUGGAGCUCGGAGGCAACGAUAAUCUCAAUAAGUUCUUGACACAGUAUGGAAUCGCCAAGGAAACCGAUAUAAUUACGAAAUACAACACCAAUGCCGCUUCGAUUUAUCGCGAUCGAAUCCAAGCCCUAGCCGAGGGUCGAUCGUGGCGGGACCCACCGGUUGUAAAGGAAAACCUAGACGGAGCUGGAAAGAAUAAGAGUAGUUAUAAUAAUAAACCGCCGUUGAAUGGCGGUGGUGGUGGUAGGAAUGGUAAUAUUGGGGGAAAUGGAGGGUGGGAUAACUGGGAUAAUUAUGAUGAUGGUGGUUCUAGAUCGUCGGGAUCGGAUAUGAGGAGGAAUCAGACGGUGGGGGAUUUUAGGAGUGGUGGAGGUGGAGGGGUUGGUGGGCCGACGAGGUCGAGAUCGACGCAGGAUAUUUAUACGCGGGGGCAGUUAGAGGCAUCGGCCGCGAAUAAAGAGAGUUUUUUUGCAGGUAAAAUCGCGGAGAAUUCAUCGAGACCGGAGGGGAUUCCUCCGUCGCAAGGGGGAAAGUAUGUGGGAUUCGGAUCAAAUCCCGCGCCAAUGCCGAGGAAUGAUCCCCAAGGGGAUGUCCUUUCUACUGUUACUCAGGUAAUUUGA